UCCACCAUCAGGGCAACACAAUAAAAUUGAAUGCCAUCUAAAACAAAGCAAAAAGAUUUACUAUAAUUAUUUUCUUACUCAUGCAUGUACUCCCAAUCUCCCAUAGAUAUUUUCGAAGGUAUUUUUGUGGUAACGUACAAGUCUUGGCUUCGUAAUCUAAAUACCGAAAAAGAAAAUGCCUCUAACUUCCCUUCCUCUCUCUAUAUAUUUCAACCACUCUCUGUCUCUCUUCCUCUUUGUAGUUUCUCAAAUAUUUUCUUCAGAGUUGGCACGACCUCAUUAAUAAUAAUCUUCUCUACACCUAUCAAUAAGAGAUAUAUUUUAGAGUUUCACUUUGGUGCACAAACAAAGCUCGUACAACAUUCUUCGUAUAUGGCUCUUCGUCGCUGCUUACCUCAAUAUUCAACAACUUCAUCUUAUCUCUCCAAGAUCUGGGGAUUUCGUAUGCAUGGGACCAAGGCAGCAGCUUCUGUUGUAGAAGAACAUGUCUCGGGGGCAGAACGUGAGGAUGAAGAAUAUGCUGAUGUAGAUUGGGACAACCUUGGAUUCAGUCUUGUACGGACAGAUUUCAUGUUCGCCACCAAAAGUUGCAGAGACGGAAACUUCGAACAGGGUUACCUUAGCCGUUACGGCAACAUCGAGCUCAACCCUGCUGCUGGAAUUCUCAACUAUGGCCAGGGACUAAUAGAGGGGAUGAAAGCGUACAGAGGAGAAGACGGUAGGGUUCUUCUCUUCCGUCCAGAGCUAAACGCGAUGCGUAUGAAGAUAGGAGCUGAGAGAAUGUGUAUGCAUUCUCCUUCUGUUCAUCAGUUUAUUGAAGGUGUUAAGCAGACCGUUCUUGCAAACAGGCGUUGGGUUCCUCCUCCGGGCAAAGGCUCGUUGUAUCUCAGACCGUUGUUGUUCGGAAGUGGAGCAAGCUUGGGUGUGGCUGCAGCAUCAGAGUACACGUUUCUUGUGUUUGGCUCUCCUGUUCAAAACUACUUCAAGGAAGGCACAGCGGCGUUGAACCUGUAUGUGGAGGAGGUGAUUCCACGCGCUUAUCUUGGAGGAACUGGUGGUGUAAAGGCAAUAUCCAAUUACGGUCCAGUGCUUGAAGUGAUGAGAAGAGCAAAAUCAAGAGGGUUUUCGGAUGUUUUGUAUCUUGAUGCAGAUACUGGGAAGAACAUAGAAGAAGUCUCUGCUGCUAAUAUAUUCCUUGUGAAGGGCAAUACAAUAGUGACACCAGCUACGAGCGGAACGAUUCUCGGAGGGAUCACACGUAAGAGCAUAAUCGAAAUCGCCCUUGAUCUUGGUUACAAAGUGGAAGAACGAAGUGUUCCGGUAGAAGAACUGAAGGAAGCUGAAGAAGUUUUCUGCACUGGAACUGCCGCUGGAGUUGCUUCUGUUGGAAGCAUCACUUUUAAGAACACAAGGUCUCUUCUUCCUCUCUGGAUACAUGUAUACAUAUGCUUAGAAUUUUACAUUUAUCUGUUGAUAAAUAAUCUGCAGGACUGAGUACAAAGUUGGAGAUGGGAUUGUUACACAGCAACUUCGAUCUAUUCUUGUCGGAAUACAAACUGGUUCUAUCCAAGACACUAAAGAUUGGGUUUUGCAGAUUGCCUAAGUUACUUUCAUAUCCUAUAAAUAAUGUUGCACUCUCUUGAUCACCCAUCAAAAGCUUUUGAAAUAGUUUUUGGUAAAUUUGUGACAUAAAUUUGUGAUAUAUCACCACAUCGUAUUAGUAUUAAACAUUUGUUUCACUCUUCCAAAGAGACAAAAGCAAAACUAAAGACCUUCAACUUCAAGGUCAGGAUAUGUAAUCUAAUGGUUUGUCUUUGUGGCAUUUUGCCACCAUUGGUUCAAAAUACCAUUGCUGUAUGAUCAGCCUCCUCAGAUUCUAUUUGCCAGACUCUACGGCGGUAUAUUCGCUUUUAGAAAAAAAACAAUUUUGUCGAAACUUUUUUUUUUUUGUAAAUAUUGUAGAUUCCACACACAAGACUGUCUAAGAUUCUUUGAUAAGACACGACAAAUGCGAUUUAAGAUUUUUCAAAGAAAUGAGGUUCGUUGAUUGUUCCACUA